UUAAAAAAUCUGACUCUGGAAAACGUAUAUUAGUUGUUUUAAGUAAAGAUCAUAAAGUAAUUACAAUUCAAGAUUCUCAAGAAGAAACAAGUAGUAAAAAAAAAAAAUUAUCAAUUGAUGAAUCAAAUUAUGAUUCUGAUUUAAAUUCUAAAGAUUCUCAAGAAGAAACAAAAGUUAAGAAAUAUAAAUCAUGUAGAGUUUAG